UCCAAACCCCUCUCUCUCUCUCUCUCUGAGUUCACCUACCGGUGUCGCUGUCGUUGGUGUCGCCGUCGCUUCAGCCACAGUGUUCUUUGUCUUUCCAAUGGCGAUCCUUUUCUUUCUUUCGUCUCUUCACUGAAUUCUCCUUCGCUUCUUUUGUGUUUCCGGAGGCUUUUCUUGCUAUUCUUCGCUUGGCGGUGAACGCCUAACUCUCCGGAAGACUCGCAGCUGCAACUCUUCAUUCCUCAGCCUUCACCACUAGGUUUAUAGGUUUUGAUCCUAAAUGGGGUCUGCUGAACAAGAUGAGUAUGCUGCUUUCAAAGAGAAGGUGAGGCGGACGGUUUUCAUGGAUAACCUAUCGCCGGUUGUAACGGAGUCAGUUGUGAGAACUGCCCUUGAUCAGUAUGGAAAUGUCAAGAGUGUUGAGUUCCUUCCGAACUAUCUGGAGCCUCGGAACAUGCCCAGAUGUGCUUUGGUGGAGAUGGAGAAAGAAAAGCAAGCUGAAGUUGUCAUCUCGACAUUAUCAGAACUGCCUUUUAUGAUGUCUGGAAUGCCAAGGCCUGUGAGGGCACGUGCUGCUGUGCCCGAGAUGUUUGGUGAUCGCCCAAGAAAGCCUGGUCGACACCUUCAUGUCCAUUGGUUGGACCCUUCUGAUCCCAAUUUUGAACUAGCAAACAAGCUUAAGCAGCUUGUGAACAAGCAUGCCACUGAAAAUGAAGUGAUGCUCAAGCAUCAACUGGAGAAGGAGGAGAAGCUUGCAAAGCAACAAGGAGAAACUUUGAAAGCAAAUUACAAGAAGUAUGAGAUGAUAGAUACUUUGAUGGCUGAUGGAACUGUUCGACGUUUGGCACGACGCUAUAAUUUGAGAAUUUCAGAUGAUUCAGGCCCUUCUACCUUUCACUGACUUGCGACAACUUUAUAUGCUAACGUAAGUAAGGAGGUCCUCAUUCUUGAUUUGCGACUGUCAAGAUUCUAGUCUGUAUGUACUCUCUUUUAUCCAGUCGAGGAAGGCUGGUCACGUCACUAUCAUCAUCCCCCCUUGUAUCCUUAAAGCCGGUCUUUCUUUCAUAUUGAGAAAAGAAAUAAAUAGGUUGAACAGAUUUUGCCUUACCAUAGUGAACUAUAGCACUUAUGAGCAUAGGUUAUUGGUGCAUUAGAAAGUCAUGGUUAUUUAAAUUCUAUAGAACAUGAGCACUAUGUAUUAAUUGAUCU